AUGAGUCAAGAUAAUAAUGAUCAACUGUUACCAGGUGAACUCGCUGGUCGGUUGAAUAUUUAUGAAUUGGUCUAUGAUUUUCAAAGAAAGAACCAAAAGGAUGUCAAACAAGAAUUAGAAGAAGCAAAUAAAACUGGAAAUCAACAAUUAAUUGAACAAAAACAAAUUCAAUAUAAAAACGAAAUCGAAAAGAGUCGUACUGCUGCUGAAGCUAUCUGUAUUUACUUUGUAGGUGAAGAGCUUCAAUGUCCAAGUAAUGAACCAUCUGGUGAUGAAUAUGGAGAUGAAGAUAAAGAUCAAUAUGAUAUGAAAGAUGUUGAUGAAGUUAAAGGUGAUGAUGAAGAAAUGAAAACAAUAUCUGAUCAAGAAAACAAACUUGAACAAAUGAACGAAAAUCGAGAUCAAGUUAAUUUUGAUGCUAAUGGUGAUGAAGACAUUCAUGAUAUUGAUAAUAAUGAUGAAAAAAAUGAAAAAACAGCAGCUGAUCAUUUUCAUGUUGGUAAAUUACUUAAAAAUGAUGCAGUUAGUAAAAAGAUGAAAUCAAGCUCAAAUACUGAUAGUGAAAAAAAAGAUGGCAAAAGAACUGCUGAUCAUUUGCCUGAUGUUGAUAACUUAGUCAAAGGUGAUACAAGUAGUAAAAAAAUGAAAUCAAGUUUAAAUGGUGAUGAUGAUCUUGAUGAUCCUAAUAAAGAACGAAUUCAACCAAUUACUGUAAAUAGAAUAACUUUUUGUUCUCGAUUUUAG